AUGUUCGCCGCUCGUCAAUUGCUUCUAGCGCGCCCAGUCGCUGGUCGCCGUCUUUUCCACGCAUCGGCGCCCGUCUUGGUCAAAGUCGGUGACAAGCUGCCCAAUGUCGAACUCAUGGAGAACUCGCCGGGCAACAAGGUCAACAUUGCCGACGAGCUGAGGACCGGCAAAGGUCUCAUCAUUGGAGUCCCAGCGGCAUACUCACCAGCUUGUUCUGAAAACCACAUCCCUGGAUACAUCAACUCAGCCAAACUCAAAGACGCUGGAAAGGUUUUCGUGGUUUCUGUCAACGACAGCUUCGUAAUGAAGGCGUGGGGCAAAACAUUGGAUCCUUCAGGCUCAAGCGGCAUUCGUUUCCUUGCAGACCCCAGUUUGGCUUUCACCAAGGGUCUUGAUCUUUCCUUCGAUGCCGCCUCCAUCUUUGGUGGCGACCGCUCCAAGCGUUACGCCCUCGUCAUUGAAGAUGGCGCUGUGAAGGAGGCGCACGUCGAGUCGGACAACACCGGACUGAAUGUUUCCGCAGCAGACAAGGUCUUGUGA